AAAAAAAAAAAAAAAAAAAAAAAAAAAAAACAGCGGAAACAUAGACCGGAAGUACGGCGUAAAAUCAAGCACUUAACACAGCAGCAACAGCGACAACAAUUACAACAACAGUCAGACAAAAUGAGUAAAAAACCGACAGUUGGACCCGCGCUCCACAAAGUGAUAAUGGUGGGCAGCGGCGGUGUCGGCAAAUCGGCACUGACACUACAAUUCAUGUACGACGAAUUCGUGGAGGACUACGAACCAACCAAAGCAGAUAGUUAUAGGAAAAAGGUCGUUUUAGAUGGCGAAGAAGUACAAAUAGAUAUAUUGGAUACUGCCGGGCAGGAGGAUUACGCCGCCAUACGUGAUAAUUAUUUUCGCAGCGGUGAGGGUUUUCUCUGUGUCUUCUCAAUCACAGACGAUGAAAGCUUCCAGGCAACACAAGAAUUCAGGGAACAAAUUUUACGUGUGAAAAAUGACGAAAGCAUACCGUUCCUGUUGGUGGGCAACAAAUGCGACUUGAGCGACAAGCGCAAAGUGCCGCUGAACGAAUGCCAGACACGCGCCCAACAAUGGCAGGUGCCCUACGUGGAGACCUCCGCCAAGACGCGUGAAAACGUCGACAAGGUAUUUUUUGAUUUGAUGCGCGAAAUAAGAUCCCGCAAAACCGAAGAUUCCAAAGCGACUAGCGGGCGUGCUAAAGAUAGAUGCAAGAAGCGGAGACUUAAGUGUACACUACUUUAGGCGUAUUUGUAGGUGCAUAAGCAGACUCUAAGCAAAUAUAAGAAAACCAAAAAAAAAAGAGAAAAAGAAAAUAUGAGAACAAAAAAACACAAACAAAAACAAAUACAAAUGUAAAAAACAAGCGAACAAAGAAUGUCAAAGAAACCCUUAACUCUACUCUACUCUC